GGCGGCAGACCCGUGUGCGCGCGCGCAGGAGCGGGGCCGCGGCCGGUGCGCACCGGGCGCCUCCCCCGCCCUCCCCGCCCCGCGCUCGCCCCGGUCCUCCCCCCGCCCCGGCGCCGUUUCCCCCGCAGCCGGGCGGGGGAGGAGGAUGGAAACACCCUUCUACCAUGAUGAUGUGUUGAGCGGCCUCGGCAGCGGCUUCGCUCCGUCCUCCGGCAGCAACGGGCUCCUCCUGCCUUUCCCCGGCGGCAGCAUGAUGAAGAAGGACGCGCUCGGGAUGGCCUUACCGGAACAGGUGGCGGCGGCGCUGAAAGCCCCCGGCGCGGCCAGCGGCGAGGCGGCGGGGCUGCUGGGCUCGGCCGAGCUGGGGCUGCUCAAGCUGGCGUCCCCGGAGCUGGAGCGGCUCAUCAUCCAGUCCAACGGGCUGGUCACCACCACCCCGACCAGCGGCCAGUUCCUCUACCCUAAAGCGGCCGCCUCCGAGGAGCAGGAGUUCGCCGAGGGUUUCGUCAAGGCGCUGGAGGACUUGCACAAGCAGAACCAGCUGGGCGGCGGCGCGGCGGGGAGCGGCGGCGGCGCGGGCGGCGGCGGCGGGGGAGGAAGCGGCGGAGCGGGCGAGCUGCCCGCCGCCGGGAUGGCCCCGGAGCCCCCGGCCUACGCCAACCUCACCACCCACCCGGCCGUCAGCUACGCCGCCGACCCCGGCCCGUUCGCGGCGCCGCCGCCGCGGCUGCCUCCGCCGCCGCCCCCGCCGCCGCUAAAGGACGAGCCGCAGAUCGUGCCGGAGGUGCCGAGCUUCGGGGAGAGCCCCCCGCUGUCCCCCAUCGACAUGGACACGCAGGAGCGCAUCAAGGCGGAACGGAAGCGGCUGAGGAACCGCAUCGCCGCCUCCAAGUGCCGCAAGAGGAAGCUGGAGCGGAUCUCCCGGCUGGAGGAGAAGGUGAAGAGCCUCAAGAGCCAGAACACGGAGCUCGCCUCCACCGCCAGCCUGCUCCGCGAGCAGGUCGCCCAGCUCAAGCAGAAGGUGCUCAGCCACGUCAACAGCGGCUGCCAGCUCCUGCCCCAGCACCAGCACCAAGUGCCGGCGUACUGACCCCGGGCGGGCCCCAGCCCGGGCACGGACCGAGGGGUACCGGGCAAGGACCCGGGGGAGCGCCCGCCCUGCCCCGGGCGUGGACCGAGGGGAACGGGGAAAGCGCUCACCUCGCCCCGGGAACGGACCGAGGGAUCCCGGGCAGGGACUGAGGGGAGCGGGGGAAGCGGCCGCUCUGCCCCGGGAACGGACCGAGGGAUCCCGGGCAGGGACUGAGGGGAGCGGGGGAAGCGGCCGCUUGCUCCCGGGCAAGGACUGAGGGGAGCGGGGGAAGCUCCUGCCUUGUCCCGGGCAUGGACCGAGGGGUCCCGGGCAUGGACCGAGGGGUCCCGAGGGGAGGAAGAAGAGCGAUGAUCGCCCCCCCCUCCAUCUCCCCAGACACGGUGUGAGGGGAGGCCCAGGAGCGGCUCCGGGCCGUGGGCUCCGACUCCCCGCGGAGGGACAGGCCGGGGGUUCCCCGCCGCGCACGGACUGAGAGGGGCCCGGGCCGCCCCCCCCCCGGGCCCCUCCGCGCCCCACACAUUCCAGUGAGGUCCCAGUAAAACCCCGGACACGGA